CUUUGUUAAUCCCUAUCUCUUUCUACAUGUUUCACUUUUUCUACCUGUUGAUGCUCAUCUCUCUCUAUUUUUUCUCUGUCUGUCUUUCUCUAUAUUUCUCCCUAUCUUUCUUUCUCCAUCACAACUUCUCUUUCUUUAUCUGUUUAUUUCAACCCCUUUCUUUAACCUCUACUUAUUGCAUACUUUCUCUACUCCCAUAUGGUUCUCUGUCUGUCUCAACCUCUCUUUCCUUAUCUGUUCAUCCCCUUCUCUCUCUCUGUCAAUCCCAACCUCUCUUUCCUUACCUGUCUAUCCCCAUCUCCCUCGAUCAUACUUUUUUUUUUUACUUCCAUCUCUCUCUGUGUAUCCCAUUCUUUCUUCCUCUCUAUCUCAACCAUUUUCUUUAUCUGUAUUAAAAUAAAAUGUAUGUUUACAGCACUUUUUACAAAUGGUCUCGUCAUAAAGCAGCUAUACAGAAAUGUUAGCAGUGAUAGCAAUAAGGAGAAUCAGACAAAACUCUGAACACACAACACCGAACCCCCAGUGAGCGACAGAGACAUGGAAAAAGUCCCUCAGAGCUGGAGGAUGAAGAAACUUUGGGAUCAACCAAGGCUUUCAUACCUUAUACUAUCACCUGUACUAUCACACUUGCUAUCAAGGCUAAGUACUAUCAAGGCUUUUAAAUGCAUGUUAAAAAGUCACUAUAUAUCCACACGUCUAAUAUUUUGAGGUGAAUAGAUUCACCAGCAGUUGAAGCAGUUAAAAAAAGUCCUUGUUACAUUUUGUUUAAAUUUUGAUGUUAUUAUUAGCGGAGAGUGAGCAACUAGUCCGAGGCCAAUGGCAUAAACUGGGCGGUGGGCAGCUGAUCUAUAGUGGUAGGUGAAGGGGAAGCCUGACUUCCAAUGACUUCCAUCAGUCUGGCCAGACAGGUGACACCUUACUUUAUUAUACGUUCACUACUCCCAUCUCUCUCCCUCUGUCUAUCCUUAACUUCUCUUUCUUUAGCCGUUUUUUCUCCCUCUAUACUUUCUCUACUCCCAUCUCUCUAUCUAUCCUCAUACCUCUCCCUCCAUGCACUCUCUCUCUCUCACUAUAUGUACCUGUCUGUCCACCCCCAUUCCUUUCUCUCUUUCCCUCCUUCCUCGUUUGAUCUCGCUUCUCCUAUAGCUUUCAUGCGGCGCUGCCUGUUGCCCAAUCAUCACCGGGCAGCAAGUCCCGCCCACAGCAGCGCGUGCGCGGCCAAGUAUAAAUACAGCAGGAGCUUCACCGGCAUCUCUCGGUCGUGACAAAGCUCAGGGUUGCAGCACCCCAUCUCUUAUUUUUUCCCUUUCCAUCAUAACCAACACAACAGAAGAACGCCCAUCCCUCCAUCCGUCACUCAUUCAGUUUUUUCUCCUUUUCCCCCCAUCGUCGUGUUUGUUUUCCCCCUCUUUUUCUCCCCCAAAUUCAGCCGGUUUGCAUGCAUUGUUCGUCUCCAAAAAUGGUUUGCGAGACUAAAAUUGUUGCGGACGAGCACGAAUCCAUACCGGGGCCCGAGCGCGAGCCUCUCGCCGUCUCCGCCGCGCGCAUGUGGCCGCCCAGCCCCGGUAAGGGCGCGAGGCGCGAUCAGGUUUUCAUCCGCGACUUCCAGCGCGAGGACUACGCGGAGGUGCGGCGCAUUUUCAACGAGGGCAUAAUGGAACGGAUACCCAACUCGGCAUUCAGGGGGCUGAAGCAGCAGUCGCACACUCAGUUUUUAUACGCAGUACUCACAGUAAUGUGCUUUGUUAUGACCAAGUCCGUCACGCUGACAUGCUGCACGCCGUUCAUUCUAAUGGGAGCGCGCUAUUACUAUAGCAGGAAAGUCAUCUUCAACUACCUGGACUGUGCACUCCACACAGAUAUGGCUGAUAUUGAGGCGUACUACAUGAAACCAACAGGUUCUCGCUUCUGGGUGGCGGUUCUGGAAGGCCAGGUGGUGGGCAUUGUGGCGGCGCAGGGACGAGAAGAAGACAACACGGUGGAGCUGCGGCGCAUGUCCGUGGACUCCCGCUUCCGCGGGAAAGGCAUUGCGAAGGCGCUGGGAAGACGAGUGCUGGAGUUUGCCAUGCUAAACAACUACUCCGCCGUGGUUCUGGGAACGACAGCAGUCAAGAUGGCCGCCCACAAGCUGUACGAAUCGCUGGGUUUCCAGAAAGUGGAUGAGAGCGAGGACUACACCCUGCCCGGAAUGAGCCGCUCGUUCUUCGAGAGGCUCUUCUUCCAGAUCCGUUACAGCCGCUACCGACUACAGCUCCACGAAGAGUGAGAGAAUGUGAGAGUGAGCGGAAGCAUGUACAAAAGAGUGAACGUGAGAGCGCACGUGAGAGAGUAUGAACGCCGACAACAAAUCCUCAAAAACACCCAAACCCAACCCACUCCUUCUAAGCCAACUUAUUUAUUAUUAUUUUUUAAAAGGUCGUAAGUGUUCUUUCUACCACUACUUCUAUUUUCUUUUUUCAACUGCUUUGAAGUUUUUGGUCAUGCUGUUUUGUUCUAAUCUUUUUUUUUUUCACUUUUUUUUAUAUGUUUGGAAUUUACCUAAUGUUCUUUCUUUUCCACUUCAGUCAUUCUUCUCAUGUUUAUAAAAAGAAGUAUCUAUUACCAACUGAACCAGUUAGAUAUUUAUAUUGAAACUCCCCUAACCAAAUAUCCACACACCAAACCAAGGCAAUAGGUCGGUCUGUCAGACUCUCUUUUGCAUCCGUUGUAAGGGCUGAUCUGAUAGCUAGCAUGAAUUUUCUUAAGGAUAGAGAAACGAGUGGAGAGGUGUAGAGAAAUGCGGUGGAUUGAUACCACACAGGGUCAGUCCAUCAUUUUCGGUGUCACACCGCUCUUUUCGAUAUAGACAAAUAUGCAUCUGGAUUUCCAUAAAUCUGAAAGACUGGUCCAACAGUCAACCAAAUAGUACCUGACUGAAGCACAGCGUGUCUUUUUUUAUAUCUUAUGGACAGGAUGUAAAAUAAACUGUACUAUCGCCACUAUUUAAAGUUAAUUCAGACAAUUCUACUGUGAAGAAGCAAGAAGAGAUAAAACUAGGUAUAUUAUAAAAUAUAUAUAGAAAGCAUCUCUUACUUCCAUUAUUUAAUACCAGGCCAGUUCUUUACUUUUUGCAUUGGAGGUACAGUUCUGAUAUCAAACAUUUACAAACAUUGACCAUUUGAUCUAAAAGUACAAGAGUACAAUCUUAUUAAAAUAAAAAGGCUACACACCUAAACUUAAUUGAAAUUAGAAUUAAACCAACCUAAAAAAAUAAAGGAUGUUCAUUUGCAGUCAGUGAAAUCUGAUUUUUUUUACAUGUGAUUGUUACUGAAAUUUAAGUCAAUCAUUAAUUUUGAUCAUUUUUCCAUUGAAAAAAUGGCUAUAUGCUAAGGUUGUUUCUAAAGUUUCUAAUGUUGGAAUUAAGCAUAAAAUCUAAAGAUACAAAUGUUACUUUAAAUUAUAAAUUAAAAUUGGAACGAGAGCAAGUACAAAAAUUGGCUAGCUUGGGCGGUAAACUUAAAGCAAUAGUUUGGCUGAAUAAUAAAUAAAACUUAGCACAAAUUCUGGAAUUUUGGAAAGUGACUGCGUCAAUAAAUCUUUAUACUUUACCUACAUAUUUAAUAUGUAAUACGCAGAUAUAUGUGAACUAUUUGACUAUAUAUGACAGACAUACCUAAAAUCUCUCACCAUUUCCUAUCUCCUGUCUCAGUACCAGCAAUGGGAGAGAUACAAACCACAACAAGCCUCAUUUGUGACAUAUUCUUGUAUAGAGUUAAGAAUCUAAAUGUGAUUUAAAAAUAAGUAAUGUAGUGCAAAAAAUAACAAGAAAAAAACAACAAAAAAACAAUGAACCUUGCCAAGUUUCCCUGACUUCGUUCCCCAUUCCCAUCCAUUAAUCUGACUGCAACCCUGGGCCAGACCUCCCCACCUCCCCACAAACACCCAACACCUUAAUCCCCCACCCCACCCUCAAGACCCUCAGACUACCCCCUCUACUCCAUCUCUGCAUGUGCCACCGAGCCUUGUUGCGCUGUUUUUUCUCCAUUCGAGCUUGUACUAUCCCUAAAACUCCCUCUGUGAUGUCAUGGUCGCAAUGCAGAUCCCACGGCAGCCAUCAGCGCUUGUCGUGGACAGAUGAAGAGGGUGGAUCAGUACCUGACCACUUUUACAGUUUUCACGGCUUUAAGAGUUAAGAGUUAUUAUACACACCUCCACCGGCUCGCUGCUGCUUCGAUGACAUCACAGCCACCAAAAGUAGAAUGCAAAAGCAAUGCAAGUGUGUGGCAUGCCUCUGUACCUGGUUUGUGCGUACGGUGCCUGCCCUGGAAAAAGUAAACUCUUUUUAAAAAAAAAAAAAGAUGUAGAACAAGCUUCUUUUUUUAUUUUUAGCAAACAUAUAACAAUGUGUGUCUCUGUUAAAAGAAACUACUGUUUUGCAUGAAAAAUGACUUUGAAUGAAAAAUGUUUACGAAAAACAUGAUCUAUCAGAACUGAAGUCUUAGCAGUGGAUUUUUUUUUCUUUUUCUUUUUAUUUGUUUUAAUGUGGGAAAAAAAGGUUUCGCCUUGUUUUCAAGUUGCUGAGGUGAGGAAUAUCCUGUUUACUGUAAGAGGCCUGAGAAUUGUAUUCGAGUGAAUGCAGCAUUACGCUUGUAUUAGCCAAGAGGACGGGCGAUUCGAUCUGUCUGAUGAAACAAACUGCUUUAAGAGCCUCUCACUGUAAAAGCCAGGACGACUCACUUUACCUGUGUGAGUUGAAAUGAGUAGCAAAUAAUAUCUGAUUAAACUAGAUUAACUAACUUGCUGACUUCUUUAAAUUGGACAUCUUGCCAAGCCUCAUGAACAAAGAGUGUGACACCAAAUGUAACUGUAGAAGCCUGAAGAGACAACUCGCAAACUUUGCCAGAGUUAUUGGACUGUAUUACAUUUUAAAUGAAUGUUGCUGCCUAAAUCUAUACUUACCUUAAUGAAAGGUGCUACAUUUAAAAUUAAAUAAAAAGUUCUGAAAACAGUAUUCUUGAUUAAAUGGAGCCAAACAUGAGAGAAUAGAGUCUUUCAUGUGUUUUGUAGUAGGUAAAACCACAGCACUUUGGUCAUAUUUUUCAAAAUCUGACAUAAAAUCCAGCGUGGUUUGAAAAACAAAAUAGGUAUAGAAACAUGCCAAGAAUUUGUACGAUAUUAAAAAUGUCAUUAAAUGAAAAACGAACAAAAACAAAUCUAUUAUGUAGCUUCUUUACCAGAACGUAUCGAUAACUGGCAAACUCUGCAAAUACCAUUUGUAUAAAAAUUUAACAAAAAAAAGGCCUUACCUGAAUGAUUACAGCAUAUGCACUGUUCAAGAAGAAGAAGAAGAAGAAGAAGAGUUUAAGUGUAAAAUGCAGUCUACCAAGAGCACACUACAGUUACAAACAAACAGUAUUUUGAUCCAGUGCAUGUUUUUAUUUACACAGAAAAAUCCAAACGGCACAAGUGUGUCAAGUUAACAGUGCAUUCUGUUAACAGUAUACAUUUCUAUCGGCAGCCAGAGCUGGCAGAGUUGGCAGACGUGGAUUUCUGAAUGUAAAAGGCAGGCUUUAAAGUUCACGCUCCUGGAUGGGUCCAGGCUGAACACAAUGCCAAAAGGCUCUUGAGCCUGUUUGAGUGCUGUUGCUUUUUGUAUUGAAACCGCCUUUACCAAUAGAGUCUAAUGUAUGCCAGCACUAAUGUUUGACUGCACAUGUCAAAAUGUUUCGCUUGCAAGGAAAACCAGAAACCUUACCCGGGCAUGCACUGGAUGGUGAUGGAUAUAAUAAAAGCUGCUGCUCAGUCUUGUGGCGUGGGGUUUAACGGGGUUUGCACAAGCAAAGAAAGUUUAACCUGUGCAGAAGACUCGAGUAACAAGCUUCAGUAUAUUCUGCAGUUUACGGUCGAUUAGGAUCGUUCAUCAUUUAGGAAGAUGAGGUGCGUAAAACGAGGGCUGCUUCAUGCUUGGUUGUUGGAGUUUGAAAAGAAAGCAACACUGUUUAGAAGAAAAUCUCACGAAUUGAACCAAGGAACGCUUUAACGAGCAGCUAAAGUCCCCCUUGUUUUUUUCCAGAGUACACAACAGCAUUCGAGUGUCUUUUGUACAUAAAUAUCCAGUGUGUGUGUCUGAAUGACAAAGCUGGAAGUUGCUAUUAAUGUGAGACAUUCAGAUGGACCUAAGUAACUAAGUAACCUGCAUGAGAAGAUGGCUGCUACUGGAAUGUUCCACUUUAUAGAGGACGGGGAGGGGUGCACGGAGGAUUCACAGUGAAAGAAGGCCUCAGUUACUCCUCCCUCAUGGAGGAAUACUGUUUCAAACCGAGGCGCCAAGGCGUGGAUCAUCAGCCGCCUCCCCGUUUUAAUCCUCUGCUUGAAAGCACUCUCUUGAUCGUGGCUGCAAGUGCCAAGAAUGCAGAAACACUUGUAUCAAAUCAAUUGUAUUUUUAUUUUCUAUGGAUUUUAUUUUGAAGUGAUAUUUACCACUUUUUUGCUAAUAGAAAGUAUGUACCAUAUGCAAAUAUGCACCACAUUGUAAUAGAAUGAGGGGAAAUGUUUUUAUUUAAUUUCUGUUCUUCUUUUUUGUUUUUCAGAAGGUUGAAUUUGCCAAAGGUUUUUUUUUUCUGCUGUUUUAUUUGGACGCCGUUUGUCUUUCAGUGUUUGCAGUGUUACCAAUUCAGUAUUUAGAGGAAUCAUUGAGAGAUCAAGCCUGCGUGCCAUCUAAUCGAGCAAUAAAAAAAACAAACACGUACAAAACAAAAGAGACAAACAUGAAUACGACAAAGUAUACAGACGGAGGAAUCAAAAGGUUAAAAAUGCUGCAUUCUUAUUCUAUCCCUCAUGCUGUAAUGGUGAUGGAUGGUGGCUGUCUGUGAUGCUCUAACUGUUGGUAACAUCACUACUGGCAGGUCGAGGCCUGUAAAGGCGUGACUGUAAAGUGAUUUUUUUCUUCUUUCUAUUAGCAGAUUGUGUUUUUACUAAACUUGAAAAUGAGCUGUAUUGUUUACGAGGAUCUACCACUGCAUGUAACGCAUUGUGCAGAUUGGAGCCCAUGGAGAGGUGACCACUGGAGCUUUGAGCUGACUGUAAUGAGUGAUGUCCACCGCCACCUGAAAGCUGUUCCACAUUCAGACCUCUCUGUCUGGUCGGCCUCAAAAUCUCAACCGAGUCUCGUAUUAAUGCACUGAAUAAUACUGCAGACAGUAGCAACGUAAGCGACACAUUAACUGAAAUGCUGCAAGGAGUUCACACUAACUAAGCUUUUGUGAUUUUUUUCUUUGUUGAGAACAAAAAAAAAAAAAGAUGGAAGGAAUUCACUUUUUUUAAUACCAUUUUAAUACGUGUAAAGCUGUAAAGUGUAUUUUACUGUAAAUAGCAUCUGGGGGAUAUUUUAUUGAUACUGAUUGUUUUGUAACAAAUUCUAUUAAAGAUUAACUUAUUUUAAGAUGUUUACAUGAAACAUACUUAAAAAAAAAAAGACAACUGCAAACAAAACUGAGACAAUACUAACAAUUCUAUCAAUUCCACAGAAUAAAUAAAAACAACAUCAGGGCAAGAACAGCUUUCAGAGUGAGUGACAUCAUCUCAGCAAUGAAAAUAUAACAGGGGGCUUGUAGGUUUGAGAAAUAAAUUAAUUAGAGAUCUCCAAUUAAAAGAAUGCAAUCCAGCAUUCUGCAGAAACAUCCCACAAUGAGUGGAACUUCUGUUAGUUACUGAGCAUGUAUUGCUAACAAGCCCCCUUUCAAAUAAUACAGCGAUGCUGUUAACAGGAAGCUUUCAGCACUUCUGUUCAGUCACAAGCUGCCUGUAGCUGUAGAAACAAGCCCACAUAAAUCAGAGCAGGGAAAUGAUAUGCAACCACGCAGCGAGCUGGGUCAACUGGAACGUGGGCACGGGACGAGUGCGGUUCUGUGGGGUCUGUGUGUGUAUGGGGGAGUGGGAGGUGGGUGGUGAAUAAUACGCUAGUAAGCAAGCUACGUAGGGGGUAAACCGGGGGAGGGUAGAACGAAUGGCUUUAGGACGCGCCGGGCCAGGCCUCGCUGAAGCUGUGAUCACCUGGAUCUUAUGGGAUCUGUAAUCAUGAAGAUGCCUCAGUUCCUUUAGAUGUUCUCAUUCUUUCUGAUGUUUUUGUUUGUCGUUUUUUUUUUAAACUGCUGUAAAUUUCUUUCUUUCUUCUUUUCUUUCUCUUGACCUGGUCUCUUUCUUUUGCUUAACAAAUGGGAACAUUGUAAAGAUGUAAAGAAAAGAGUUCCUGCAUUAUGAAAGAAAUGGAUGUACAUAAUGUAUUAAUUAAACAAACAAUUCAUAAAGCUUG